CUAGCCCUCAGCAGCCGCGCAACUCGCUCCCCCCUUUCCUCUCGUCCCCACGACGGCGGCUGCGGCGGCGGCAGGAUGGCGGAUUCGACGGCGAGGACGGUGAAGGACGUGAACCCUCACGAGUUCGUCAAGGCCUACUCCGCCCACCUCAAGCGCUCCGGCAAGAUGGAGCUCCCUGAGUGGGUUGACAUCGUGAAGACUGCGAGGUUCAAGGAGCUCCCUCCUUAUGAUCCGGACUGGUACUACACAAGGGCUGCCUCGAUGGCAAGGAAGAUCUACCUGAGGCAGGGUAUUGGUGUGGGUGGCUUCCAGAAGAUAUACGGUGGCCGCCAGAGGAAUGGCGCACGCCCGCCGCACUUCUGCAAGAGCAGUGGCGCUAUUUCACGCAACAUCCUGCAGCAGCUGAAGAAUAUGGGCAUCAUUGAUGUUGACCCCAAGGGUGGAAGGCUCAUCACCUCCCAGGGAAGGCGCGAUCUUGACCAAGUCGCUGGACGAGUUGCUGUUGCCCCCUGAACAGAUCAAUGGAUCUUUUACCCUUACUGCCUGUCAUGUUUGGUGGUUGAGUUGGCUACAGUUUAUUUGCAGUUUUGUAUUAGAACAUGCUCAAUCUUUGUUGGCUCUGAGAAUUGAAAGUUGAUGCAUCUAGUUGUGAUACUGCGCUAUGUUUUUUAUGAACUCCUAAUGCACUGUCUCACUAGUCCUGGUAAAAAAUGUCUAUGGAUUAUGCCUGCGAUGCCAGUUUUUUUUCUA